AUGUACUCCUCGUCUGACGUACUUUUCGGUGACAAUUUCGAUCACAACCAGUGGAACGGCAAAUGCGAGGACACUUGUCAUAUUGGUUAUUCUAGCAAAUCAGAGCAAUUUGAAUCUCAAUUGGAGGCUAUGAAUAAUGGUGAAUUGUCUUCAGUCGUAAAUUUAGAGUUACAAUUAAGUGCUUGCAAUCGAAUUGUUUCUCUGUUAUGUAAUCGUCUUUCAACAGGUCAUUUUCAACUAGUACAAUUAUUAAAUAAUUUGAACCAGUGUGGUGAUUCACUUUCUGUUACUUUGUCAACUUUAUCCCAACUUAAUCCACAUCCUAGUAUUUCAGACAUAUGUUCCAACGUAACAUCAACACAUGGUCAAUUAAAACAUAUUCAGUCUCUCUUGUUAUCCCAUGAACAUGAUGCCUCAGAUAAUUUGAAAAUUAUUUAUGCAUUCCAACAAAAACUAGAAGAACGCAUUAAACAAUGCAAAAUCAAAGCUCAAAAUUCACUUGAAACUGCUAAGCACAAUGCUGUUCAAACUGAUUUUAUAUCAAAUAAUGAACAAAUUAGUCAGCAGACGUUUUCCAAUCCGAAGCCUAAUGGAUUUAAAAAUCCAGGAGAAAUUAGAUACGAAACUUUAUUAAAAUAUGGACUGGUUAAUCCAAGAAAUGUUCUCAAUCGUACAUUGAAACAUUCUAGUUUUUCUGAACCCGAUGAACCAACGAAGUGUGAAUUACAAGAAGCUUUAUUGAAUGCACUUGGUCAAGUGGAUCGUUUAAAAAAAUAUCGUAUAAGUCAAAAAACACGUAUUGAUCAGUUACAAGAACGAUUAGAUCAUAUGGGAACUGAACUGGAUUCCAGUGUAGAUGCUAUUCGUCAUCAUCAAAAAAAUUAUGAAGCACAAAAACGUAGAGACUAUAUGGAAAUUACUCAUUUGCGUAAUCAGUUAGCUAAAACAACUGCUUUAUUAGAACAGUUCAAAUUAUUCUUCAGUAAAACAAAUCUAAACACUAGUUCUUUGGACCAAAAUAUGCGAGUUCUCAUUGGGAAUUUACUAAAAAGUUUACACACAAAUGAUGAACUACAAGAUAUAGAUACUUUAAGUAUCGAUAAUUUAAAACUGAAAUUAUCUAUUGCUCAAAAUGAGCUUACUCAAUUACGAUUAGAUAUGACACGUCAAAGAGAAGAUGAUGAUUGUGAGGCAUCAAGACUUCGCGGUCAGUUAGCUGAAGUAAGUUCAGAUGCAAGAGCUCUACGGAUGCAGUUAAGUCGCCUUAUAUCACAAAACAUCUCUUCAAGCAAACCUAAUGGGUUGGCAAAUACAAACUCAUCUGAUUCCUCAAGCUGUACAAAUUGUCAAAAACUCCAACGUCUCAACGAUGUUUUACAACGUAAACAAUCUAAAAUGAACCCGUUUCCUGAUUUAAUCAAUCAUCAAAGGAAUACAAUAAAUCAUGAAAAUUUUGUUUAUGAGAACAGCACCUCUACUAAGAAAGCAAUACACAAGCCACAUUUUACCGACAGUUCCGUUCAAACAGAUUUGUUGAAUGCUAUUCCCACAACUGAUUUUAUCCAAAAGGUUGAGAUAGCUCUUGACCCUAUUGAUGGAUACGAUGGCGUCUCAGCACAUCUCCCGGUUGAAAAUUGUGAAUAUGUUCAAACAGAAUCAUUUAUCAUAGGCAAUGACAUAACUUCAUCCGAAACUUUGUCCGGUGAAAUUUUGGUUGAUGAAAGUUUAAAAUAUGGUAGUGCAAACGAACCACGCAUCUUAAGUGAGGUUGAGUUUAAUAAUCUCCAUGUAUCCAAUAUGUCCACGCCAGUAUCAUUAAUGGAAAAUAACAAUGAAGCAGUAAUAAAUAGUUAUCAAAAUUCGAUGCUUCAUUCAAUUAGUGAUUUAAAGCAUGAUAACUUCGUUAGUUUGAACCAAAGUGUUAGUGAAGAUUCGUUACAUUCUCAGUUGUUACAGAGAGUAAAAGGAGCUGAAGAGGAAGCGAUUAUGGCUAUGGAUCAGUUGAAAGCAAGUAAUGCAGAGUUUCUUACUUUGAAAGAACGCUUAUCCCAUGCAACUGUAGAACGUGCACAUUUAAAAGCAACUAUUGAAGGAUUAGAUGAACAGGUCGCGUUACUUGAAGACUCUUUGUAUGAGCGUACACAGGAACUUCAUAAAUGUCAAAUACUUCUUGUAAAAUAUUGCCCAACAUAUCAAAAGCCUGUGACACCAUAUUCUGUUGGACCUGAAGUACCGACAUCGGAAUUAUCUAUUAAAAUACAUGAACCAAAUAAUAAUUAUACAAGGGAAUCAGCAGUUUUUAGUUUGAGAGGUCUUCUUCAGUCUCUUGAACCUAAAAAAUCAUUUCUACGUUCUCCUUCCAUCAAAUUCAAAUUCUUACAUCAAUUAAUUAUCCAAAAGGAUUGGCUAUCUGUUUUAUUGAAGCUUUUGGUUGUACGUAGUCAACAACUAACAUCCAGAAUAUCUAGUGGUAUAAAACAUACUUCACUUCGUCUGCAAAGUCAACCUAGACCUAAACCUAUUUUUAUAUUUUUGAUCUAUUUCUUUUUUGUGCAUCUAAUGCUAUUACAUUGUUGGUUAUUGUAA